UUGUAUAAAGAUGGAGAAGUAGAAAGCCAAAACCUUUAUUGAAUUCAUACAACUUUUCAGUUUGAACUUAUAAUGUUUUAGAAUACUACAUAUUAACAUUCCAGGAAGGAAUUUCAAUAAUUGAAUGAUUAAAACUGCUGACAACUUCAACUCAUACACCCUAUCAAACAAAAGUCAUCAUUUGUCAAAUUUGAAAUUUUGAAUUUCAAAAUUGUUAAAAGUCUCUUUCAAACUUUAUAGUUGAUAAAUUUUUACUGUGAAUUGUAAAUUCUUGUAAAAAUGCUUUUUUAUGAAAGUUUCAAUGUUGACAGACAGGGCACAGGCCAUGAAGGAUUUUGUGUUACAAGCAUCAAACAAAACAUUCCAGUUACGAGAAUACCCCCAACUGAUGAUUUUAAUUUAUUUUCUUCUCUGGAGUCCAUCUAUCCACUUUUAGAAAUUGUUUUCAGCUACUUGAACUAUAAUGAAUUGAAAACAUGUUCUCAAGUGAAACAGUCUUGGAAUGAAACAGCGGAAACAGUUUUGAGAAGGAGAAUGAGGCCCAGUUGGUUCACGUGCUACAAAACACAUUCAAUACCAAGCUUUCAUCAAGACUACUACAGCCCUAACCUGAAUUAUAACAAUGUUGGCCUGGGAAUAAUUUUAUAUGAAUUCAGGAGAAUGAAGCUGAACAAAUAUAUAUGUAUCCAUUCUGAUAUAACCGAAUUAGAUAGAACGUCAGUUUCAGUUGUAGAAUAUCUAGAAGAUGAGUUGAUUCCGAAAAACGUAGACUAUUGUGCAAUCUCUUGUCCGAGAGUGGUUUCGUUCUUUGAUCGUAAGAGCACGGAGUUUAGAGAUAUAGGACUAGCUUCAAUAUUAGAUGGUUUAUUUCUUCCAAAAAUUGAAAAUAUCAAAAUGGCAACGUUUUAUUGCAAUCCAAUUAAAGACGAUAUUGAGAGGGUCCUCACCGCAUACAAGGAACCAAAUGAUGAAGCGAAAUGCUUGCUUUUAUUCUCAACUACUAAUCAGGAGAGGACUCUACACAAUUUACUGAAGUACAUGGUACCUGAGUGAGUAAAUUUUACUACUGAUUUCUUUUUGUGGCUUUUUCAUUAAGUAAUCUCAUUUGGGGAUGCUUUGUUUGGCUAUUUGGGUUGUGUGGUUCAAUUUCCUAAUAAAAAAACACUUCUCCCACAAAAUAGAACUAUAACACUCUUUUCAACUCACAUCAACCAAGUUGAUGUUAUUACGAAAGAAUCUAAGGUAGUUUCUAAGCACUCACAACCUAUUUAUGUAAAACAGAACAAAGUUUUACUUUCACUCAAGCAUCUAAAAUUACAUUUGCAAAUUAGCAGGAAAUUUCCCAGGAAUCUUCCCACAAAUUUGAAGGAAAUAGUUCCGUACAUAGUUCUGUAGCCACUCUUUGCUAUUUCAAUUAUUUUGAAAUCAUGAAAAAGACUAGUGUUGGCUACUGGCCUUUAAAUAUUACUGGAGUUUUUUCUCAACACCAAACUAUUAUUUCAACACCUCGACACGUGUUUCGA